CAUGGCAAGAAAAAAAAAGGCACACUGGGACACUGGAGCAUGAAAAUAGGAAUAAUACGCACCAGUCACAAUGGCCUUUUUCUGAGUCGACCCGUUUCCGGUCGGCGCUUCGUUUCCUUUGCCGCUUUUGUUUCCCUUUAUUCGCUCAUGGCAGCCCUUCAUUAUGAACUUGCAGAAGAUCCCGGCAUAGCCUGGCAUAUCAUUUCCAGCAUCAUAGGCUGGACAUAUUUUGCAGCUUGGUCCGUUAGUUUCUAUCCGCAGGCGAUUCUCAACUGGAAGCGCAAGAGUGUUCAAGGUCUCUCUUUGGACUUUUUAAAUUACAACGUGCUUGGUUUCCUGUGUUAUUCCAUAUUCAAUCUAUCCUUCUAUUUCAGCAAAGAGAUUCAAGAUGAAUAUAAGCGACGGAACCACGAACAAGCCAACUUGGUGCGAGCCAACGAUGUCAUGUUUGCAGUUCAUGCUUUUCUUAUAUCAUCCUUCACUCUUUUGCAAACGUUUAUCUACAAAAAAGAACAAGGUCAGCGGGUAUCGACCUUGGCUCGUAUCAUCAUCUGCAUGAUUUUUAUCGGCAUUGCGGUAUCGAUUGCAAGAGUCUAUUUUGCGAACGCCAUGUGGAUCGAUGUGAUGUAUUAUCUAAGCUAUGUAAAAUUAUUUAUCAGCUUCAUCAAGUACUUACCUCAGGCAUGGCUUAACUAUAAGCGGAAAUCCACCGUUGGAUGGAGUAUCCAUAACAUUUUGCUGGAUUUCACGGGUGGUGCUUUAUCCAUUGCCCAGUUGCUUUUGGAUGCCGCAUUGAGCGGUGAUUGGAGCGGAGUGUCUGGUGUAAGUAAUCACAAUCCCUUUCGAGUGUACAGCAAAUAAGCUAACUACGCGAGAUUGAUAUAGGAUCCAGUCAAAUUGUAAGGAACAACAUGUCGUCAUUCACGAAAAGAAAGGUGUACUGAUGGAACUUAUUUUUUGGGUAGUGGCCUCGGAUUUGUUGCGAUUGCGUUUGAUCUAGUAUUUAUGACGCAGCACUACAUCCUUUACAGAGACCGAACCGACUUUUAUUCAGUUGAAGAAGAACGUCGUAGACUGAUAGCUGAAGGACGCGUGCCUAGACGUGACAGCGAUGUGGAUUAUGAUAAUCAACCAAGUCAUGGAAGUUACGGAGUAUCGCAUGGUUAAUUUAUCUCACAAUAAAGCAAGGACAACCAGAUUAUUUUGUCUCCCUUUUCAAGGUCUCUGUUUAUCCACUUGCUGUUUUUUUUUCUCCAGACAAUUCGGUGGUACAAAAAUAAAAUCUCGAAUAUUUUCG